UCAAUGAGAGAGAGAGUGGUAAUUAAAAUUCAUGUACACCUUUAGCGGGAAAUCUAUAUCACAUAUCAAGAUUCCUCUUUUCUCUUCUUCGUUUUUUUAGGAUUCAGGAAUCCAAAUCCUCCUCUUCCCAGAAGGAAAUUUAGAGAGAGAGAUUUAGUAAUAUGGAAGAUGAAGGAGAAGUAUACGAUGGAGUUAGGGCACAAUUUCCAUUAUCAUUCGGAAAGAUUACGAAAUCUCAAAUACCUCUUGAAAUUAUACACAAUACAACUCGUAGGAGUCUAGAACAGUCCUCAACUAGUAAUGAACUACCUUCAGUUUCUUCUACUUCUAAAAACUGGUUAACUGAUCUCAGAAGAAACCCUAAACCUAGUUCUCGUCAAUCCAUUGGUCCCCCUAAUCCUGCGCAUCAAAACGAAACAUCUGAUGGGAGUAUGAGAGGUUCGAAUCUGGAGGAGGAAGAUGAUGAUGAUAUAAUUGGACCACCACCACCACCCCCUGGUUUAAAUGAUGAUGAGGAGGAGGAGGGUGGUGAUAUGGUUGGACCUCCUCGACCACCACCGUCAAAUAUGGAGGAGGAAGACGAAGAUGGGGAACCAGAUGAUUUGUAUCGAAUUCCACUUAGUAAUGAAAUUGUUCUAAAAGGGCAUUCUAAGGUUGUUGCAGCACUAGCUGUUGACCAUACGGGUUCAAGGGUACUCUCUGGUAGUUAUGACUAUACAGUUAAGAUGUAUGACUUCCAAGGAAUGAAUUCUCGGUUGGCAUCUUUUAGACAAAUUGAGCCUUCUGAAGGACACCAAGUUCGUAGUUUAAGUUGGAGUCCAUCUGCUGAUAGGUUUUUGUGUGUUACUGGAUCAGCUACGGCUAAGAUUUAUGACCGAGAUGGACUUACAUUGGGUGAGUUUGUAAAGGGGGAUAUGUAUAUUCGUGAUUUGAAGAACACAAAGGGGCAUAUAUCUGGAUUGACUUGUGGAGAGUGGCAUCCUAGAGCGAAAGAGACAAUCUUAACAUCGUCUGAAGAUGGAUCCCUGCGUAUAUGGGACGUAUCUGACUUCAAGACUCAGAAGCAGGUCAUCAAACCUAAACUUGCGAGGCCUGGAAGAGUUCCCGUCACAACAUGUACUUGGGAUCGCGAGGGCAAAAGCAUUGCUGGCGGUGUUGGAGAUGGUUCCAUACAGAUCUGGAACCUUAAGCCUGGGUGGGGAAGCAGGCCAGAUGUACACAUUCAGAAAGGACAUGAGGACGAGAUUACCGGGCUUACGUUUUCUAAUGAUGGGAGAACUCUACUGUCUAGAAGUACCGACUGUUCGAUGAAGGUUUGGGAUUUACGUCAAACAAAAGAGCCUCUUAAAGUUUUCGCGGACCUACCUAAUAAUUAUGCACAGACAAAUGUUGCAUUUAGCCCCGAUGAGCAAUUAAUUUUCACUGGAACUUCAAUUGAAAAAGAGAGCUCAUGUGGAGGAAUGCUGUACUUCUAUGAUAAGAACAAACUCGAGCUUGUUUCUAGAGUUGGUAUAUCUCCCACAUGCAGUGUGGUGCGUUGCACUUGGCACCCAAAGCUGAAUCAGGUCUUCGCCACCAUGGGGGAUAAAAGCCAGGGAGGAACUCACGUACUUUAUGAUCCAUCUAUGAGUGAAAGAGGAGCACUUGCAUGUGUUGCACGUGCACCAAGAAAGAAGUCCAUUUAUGAUUUCUUGGCAAAGCCUGUUAUUCACAAUCCUCAUGCACUACCAUUAUUCAGAGAUCAGCCUAGUCGCAAGCGUGAAAGGGAGAAGGCACUGAAGGACCCGGUGAAGUCUCAUAAACCUGAACUUCCCAUGUCAGGACCAGGUUUUGGAGGAAGAGUUGGUAAAACUAAAGGGACCAUGUUGACCCAGUAUCUCCUUAAGCAAGGGGGUAUGAUCAAGGAGACGUGGAUGGAUGAGGACCCUCGAGAAGCUAUCUUGAAAUAUGCUGAUGUGGCUAAAAAAGAUCCCAAGUUCAUUGCACCAGCAUAUGCAGAAACACAACCUGAACCAGUUUUUGCAAAGUCUGACUCCGAAGAGGAAAAAUAAGUGACCUGGAAUAAUGGCACCCCUUGUUAAAUACUUACAUUGUUGCAGAGCUGUAGUCAUUUGUUAUCCUUGGCAUCUGUGUAUCAGUAAAUCCCAGUUCGAGAGGGUGCCCGUCGGUAUAUGCAAUUUAUAGAGCUAUUUGAUUCUGAUGAUAAUAAAAUCCUAGUCAUUAAGACAUUAUGCCACUUGAUAUUGGAUCCAUGGUUUCUAGGGGUAAUUUCAUAAGUGUAACAAAUUCCCAUAAUGUAUUGUUUCAUUUCAGUGUUAGAAUGUGCCUGUUCUCAUAACAUCUUAUGAAGCUAUUUAAUUGCACAUUUAAAAUAA